AUGGUGAUAAGCUGGCCCGACGGUGCACCUUGCCUUCAUGCUGUCUUUGAAUCGAUGAAUCCACUUGAAGCAGUUGAGCAUCAGGGUGGUUUACAGAGAAUAAUUGUAGUAAAUUUGAAAGGAAAUACGAGUACUGAUCGAUUUCGCGGUUUUGCUAUUCAGCCAAUUUCUUACAGAGGACCAAAUCGAGGUAAAAGAGUAGGACAGUUUCUGCGAUUGGACGAUAACGGUUCCUGGCAACAGCAAUGUUUUCGCUUCAAAAAUUCGGUGACACAUUCGCAUGACGAAAAGAAAAAACAUAUCAAAUUAUGGUGGAAAAAUGAAUUAAACGACGAUGAUUAUGUACAAUUUGUGGCAACUGUGGUUAAGGCACAGAAAGAAUUUUGGGUUAAAUCAGUCAAAUCAAUACCAAUACCGCCAUGCCGCAUAGAAAAGAGCGGUAUCGAAGAAUACAUUCCGGAUCCGAUAACACCACCACCACCGGCAAAUAAAUUCAAAUUGGAUACAUUUAAAAUGUUUGAUGCGUUGGAUAAUGAUUUACAAUGGAAUUUGUUGCUGUUAGUACCGAACGAUGCUGAUAAUACACCAAAACCUCAAAGAAUUCAAGAUUUCUUUAAGGUUGUACAGAUAUCAAAUCGAUUGAAUGCAAAUUUAACAUCGCCAUUAAUACCUUCAACACGAGUUACCGUUGUUAGACCAUCAGUAUCACCAUUGAUAAGUGUAUCACAAACUCGACCCACAUCUGUUCAAAAUUUAUCACCAACAUCGCAAUCAAAUAUCGCUCAACCGAUAUCAUCGAUUGCUGCUUUAUCACGACGACAACAACCAUCACCGUUAACCUCAAAUUCGAUUCCAUUCAUACCAACUCGAAAUAAUCGAGUAAGGUUAGCUAAGCAACAAUCACUGCAACGCAUUUUUAAAAUUUUACCAAAUAAUCGAUUUCAACGAAAUUUCAACCGGACAAUGGCAGUACCUUUUCAGCGUCAACCAUUUCCACCAUCACCACCAGCAAGAAGUUUUCAACAAGACAUCCCGAGAAAUCGUGUCAAUUCAAGAAUUAGAACGAGCGGCAAGUUACUUUAUUGCGAAUUUACCAUCGGUAUCUGA